AGUGUUUUGAGCUGUCAUACUACGAUGUUUAAGACAAUCUCGGUACUUUUGCUGGCUGUAGCCUUGGUCAAUGCUCGCAACAUUAACCAGGCUGGUCUAGAUUUGAUCAAGGUCUCCGAGGGAUUCAGAGCUAACUUUUAUGGCGAUCCAGUCGGUAUUCGUACCAUUGGUUACGGACACAACUGCAAAGCCAAAGGUUGUGACACUAUCCACGCGCCAAUAACCCAGGCCCAGGGGGAGGCCCUACUUCAUCAGGAUUUAGUGGGUUUCCAGAACUGUGUCGAGAAAGCCGUCCCCUUUGUCAAUGAUAACCAGUUCGCUGCCUUGGUAUCGUUUUCAUUUAACCUGGGUUGUGGUGCGCUGGAGGGGUCGACCCUUUUGAAGGACGUGAAGGCCAAGAACUACUCGGCCGCCGCCAAUGAGUUCGGCAAAUGGGUUCACGCGGGCGGCAAAGUGCUGCCCGGACUCGUCAAACGCCGGGCCGCCGAAAAGGCACUGUUCCUCAAGAUUUUGUCGUCCGAUAGUGUUAUACAACUCUGUAUCAGUACAAUGCAUAAGAUAAUCUCGGUACUUUUGUUGGCUGUAGCUUUUGUCAACGCUCGUGACAUUAACCAGGCUGGUCUUGAUUUAAUCAAGGGUUUCGAGCAUUUUGAGCCUAACUUCUAUAAUGACGGCGUGGAUAAAAUUACCAUUGGCUACGGACACAAUUGCGAAGCUCUAGGUUGCAGUGGUAUUGAGGCGCCUAUAAGUAAGGCCACCGCUGAGGACAUACUGCAAAAGGACCUGGUCCAGUUCAAGAACUGUGUCCAGAAAGCCGUCCCCUUUGUCAAUGAUAACCAGUUCGCAGCCUUGGUGUCGCUGACGUUUAACAUCGGUUGCGCUAACUUCGGAGAGUCGACCCUUUUGAAGGAUUUAAAGGCUAAGAACUACUCGGCCGCUGCCAAUGAAUUCGCGAGUUGGCGGAUGGGGACAGUGAAAGGCAAAAAGCAAGUCCUCAACGGACUCGUCACACGCCGGGCCGCCGAAAAGGCACUGUUCCUCAAGUGAAGGCUAAUAAUGUUGGUAAUAUCAGGGUCGUUUAGAUAUACUGUACUUGUUGAUAUAUUGGUGUACUUAUACAGUACUCUAGUAACUAGAGUCUAGUUGUCUAUAGUUGUGGUAUAAUACUGUUACGUACUAUUAUUUUGUGACUCUGAAUUAAUAAAAUAUAUUGAUCAUUUUAAGUGG